AUGGACUUUCGACUGUUUAUUCGUGAAGUGUGCAAAUUUCCCAACAGUCAUUAUCAGGCAAUUGAAGAAGGCCUAGAUUGCAAUGCCUUUGAAUCAGCUGGUCGGUGGGGCUCAAUCAUGGACAGAAUUAAAGACAUCCCUCUUGGUAAUGAAGCUGCACUUUACGCAUCGUUGAUUGAUCUCUACUACUCGAUCAGCACACAAAUUGGUCCUCUGUUUGACCUCCAAAGCAAAACCAACCUUGCAUUUAGGGAUACUUCGCAAAAAUACCUACUUGAUUCACCUGCUUUUCGUAAGCCAGAUAUUACUGGUGUGUCUGGAACAAUGCCCAAUGGAACGCCUAGCUGGAAGGACGUACUGGUUUGUUGGGAGGUGAAGCACAGCAACAAGCGUGGGGCUCAGGACCAACUUGGAGAGCCGCCGAGGAAAAGGUCAAAGCCGUCGCAAAGCACCAGCCCAUCCAGGCAAUCGAACAGCGAAGUUGCUGGAUCGACACCAGGUAGAGACAGUGACGAUCCAUUGGAACAACUACCGUUGGCACUAGAGAGCACGCGUUGGGAGAUGCCUGGCUGCUGGAUCAAAUUUGACAUGAUGAACAAACGAGUAUAUAAAAACUACGUCGACUUGACGAAUAUCGUCGUACGAGUAUCGGAUGGGACCCCUGAAGGAAAGAGAAACGCUGUAUUGGUAAACUCGCACCUCGAUAGCACGUUGCCCAGUCCUGGUGCGGCGGACGAUGCUAUUUCUGUACGUGUUAUGCUGGAGUGCAUUCGUGUUCUAACGGAACCCCCUAGUUGGCAACCGGUUCACUCGAUCAUUUUUUUAUUUAAUGCCGAAGAAUCGUUGCAAGAUGGUUCGCACUUGUAUGCCACUCAGCAUUUCACUGCGCAUACUGUUCGAGCAAUCAUAAACCUCGAGGCGGCUGGUUCAACCGGGCCUGAAUUGCUUUUUCAGGCAACCUCUGAAGAAAUGAUUGAAGCAUACUCGCAUGUACUUCGACCUUUUGGGACGGUAUUAGCGAACGAUGUGUUCAGCUCGGGGUUAUCAUGUCCGAGAGCAGGAAUUGCUGUAGAAUGGGUCUGGGGAGAUGCCAAGGUGCCAGUGGCAUCCUAUGUGUUGGGAAGCUUUGGCCCACUUGUUCUUGGAACCAAGGUGGCGACUUCAUUGACUGAUAUUUUUGUUCCCUUGACGGGACGUAUGGGCUCUCUUCCUCCUGUCAACAAUAUUAUUGCGUUGCUCACUACCGUUGCCGCCUUCUACGCUUUCCCGCUUGUUCUGCCUCUUUCCCACCGGAUGAACGCACCAGAAGCGGUUUUUUGGUAUAUUACUUCUGGGGAAUAUACGCUUCAACUGGGCUCUGCUGACGCGGCACCUGGGUUUGAAGCCCUGGUGAACGAGUUGGCAGCCGAAUUUGGGGCUCCCGGAGCAAAGCCGACUUUGAAUGUGAUGGAUGAUUGGAAUCUGGACUGGGAUGUGCUGUAUCCGUUUUUGCAAUUUGUGACGUCGUACAAGGACACGCAAACUGACACUGAAAAUCUUGCGCCCGUGUCUCAUCUGGACAGUGAUUGCGUUCGACGCGUUGGUAGUGAACUGGUCCCUAGAUUCUCCACCACCGUAUGGGGAAGCUCGACACCACAUCAAAGAGGCAUUGUAUUAUGGGACGAACGAAUGGUUGAUCAAGUUGGAGAUCAAGGUUCCCGGGCUGGGCGCAGGCCAAUUUACACACGAACCGUGAAGAUCAAUUUUGUGGGGAUUGAGGAAAAGGCCAUGUGGCCAGGGAAGAAGAAUGAUCAAGCGGGACCGGCAAUGGAGGUGUUUGAGCGAAUGGAUCAGUGGUUUGAAGAAAAGCGGGAAGAGGAUGUUUUGGGAGAUGAACCAUCUGAACAGGAUUGGGAGAGUGAGGGAUUCAAAAGUGAAGAAGAUAUGGGACCUGUACAGUAUGACUAUUGA